AUUACCCAAUUACGUAACCGCCAUAAGGCAUGAGCUACCCCACUAACCUCUCCUUAUCUCAUCAGACCUCUCCUUCCACUUCGACCCCCGGGCCCCUCUGACAUCACACCCCUAGGUAGCUGAGCUUCGAGGCGCCAACACGCAAAGAGCCAAACAGCAACACGCGACCAAGCGCAAACAAAUCAUAAACCAACAUUUCAGGAAACAGUCACAAUGGGAACUAAAAGAGUUUACUUUCUUGCCCAUGGCAGGGUUCAAGGUGUUUUCUACCGAAAAUUCACAGCCAACCGAGCCCAAGAACUCAACCUAACAGGCUGGGUCCGUAACCGAUCCGACGAAAAGGUCGAAGGAGAAGCCCAAGGAGACGAAACCUCCGUCGCCCAGCUCAUGAAGGACUUGAAGAAGGGACCAACGCACGCGCUUGUUUCUAAGCUGGAUGUGGAGGAUAGAGAGUUGGUGGAUGGGGAGUCGAAGUUUGAGGUUAGGAGGGGUUGAUUUGAUGAGAGAGUGAUCCCGACGAUAGACACAGCAGGGGAAAGCCGGAACCGGAACCUGAAGAGUUAUCUUGAAGCUCCAUGGCGGAUUAUUGAAGGAGGAACAACCUGUCUAUGCUGGUGAAGACACCAACCACAUAUACAAAGACUCCUAAGAAACUCACGAGAUAAGAUUCCAAGUAAGA